AUGAAUGGCCAAGCCGAGGUCUCCAAUCGGAAAAUCAAGCGCAUAUUGGAAAAGGUUGUGAAGCCUCACAGGAAAGAUUGGAGUUCUAAACUCGGUGAUGUGCUUUGGGCCUACCGGACGGCCUACAAGACGCCGAUUGUCGAAAGGAAGUUACAAUUGGUGGAGCUUGAGAACCUUCGCUUGGAAGCCUAUGAGAAUUCAAGGCUUUACAAGGAGAAGAUAAAAGCGGUGCAUGAUAGAAACAUUAGAAGAAGAGAGUUUAGAGCGGGAGAGUUAGUUCUCCUCUAUAACUCUAGGUUGAGAUUGAUGCCCAGGAAGCUAAGAUCAAGGUGGGAAGGCCCAUAUAGAGUGGAGAAAGCGGAACCAUAUGGGGUCUACCACUUGCACUAUCCUUCAUGCCCCAAUAUCUUCAAGGUUAAUGGUCAUCGUCUAAAGCUAUACCAUGGAGAAAAGAUGAAAAGAAAUAAAGAGGUUGAGGUGUUUGAUGAGUCCAUAUUUGAUGGUAUAUUUUGA